AUGCUCACCUUCAAGAAGGCGCUCGUGCUGUCGCUGGCAUGCCUGACGCUGUUCUUCAUGUUUAAGUCGCACCAUACCAGCAACCGCUCGCCGACCUUCAAAAACGCCCACGACUUGCCCAAGCCCAGCCCCUGGGUCAAUCCAAAAGAAGCAGCCGCCAAGGCCGAGCAGGCGAAGAAAGCUGCUGAGAAGACAGACAAGGUCUUCAACGCGCCCGACGCGCCCGUCAAGAAGCCCAAGGAGCAGAUCAGCCUCGACGAGCUGCACUCGCGCCCGCUCAGGCAGCAGCUCGAGUACCAAUUUCCCUACGAUGUCGACGCCAAGUUUCCCGCCUACAUCUGGCAGACGUGGAAGUACACGCCCGCCCAGGGCGAGUUCAUCGAGUCGUUCCGCGAGGCCGAGGCCAGCUGGUCCAUCCACCACCCCAACUUCGUCCAUGAGGUCAUCACCGACAACGUCGCCGUGCACCUAAUCCGGCACCUGUACGCUUCUGUGCCCGAGGUCCUCGAGGCCUACAACGCGCUCCCCCUGCCCGUCCUGAAGGCCGACUUCUUCCGCUACCUGAUCCUGCUCGCGCGCGGAGGAAUCUACUCGGACAUCGACACGUCGGCCCUGAAGAGCGCUGCUGAUUGGAUUCCUGCAGACGUCCCCUCGAACAGCUACGGCAUGGUCAUUGGCAUUGAGGCCGAUCCAGACCGCCCGGACUGGGCUGAGUGGUACUCUCGCCGCAUCCAGUUCUGCCAGUGGACGAUGCAGGCAAAGCCUGGCCACCCCAUCCUCGUCGAUGUCGUCGCGAACAUCACCCACGAGACUCUGAAGCGUAAGGCCGAGGGAAAGCUCACCAAAGACCACAAGGGCAUAAUCGAAUUCACUGGUCCUGCGCGCUGGACUGACGCCAUCUUCGGCUUCUUCAAUAACCCCGACUACUUCGACAUGGAGUCCAGCAAGGGUAACAUCACCUGGGAGCACUUCACCGGCAUGAAGGCGCCCAAGAAAGUCGGCGAUGUCAUUGUGCUGCCUAUCACCAGCUUCAGCCCGGGCAUCAAGACCAUGGGCGCUGGCGAGGACGAUGACCCAAUGGCGUUCGUGAAGCACGCUUUCGAAGGUACCUGGAAGCCUGAGAGCGAACGCCAUAUCGGCGAGAUCCAACAUUGA